UGCUGAUGCUGGGACGGCUGUUGAUGUCGAAAAAAGACAAAAAACAAAAGCGGAAGAAGUGGGACAGUCGGUUCCCUUACAUCGACGAUCUGAUGUGUGACGGCAUCCUCAGCUGGAUCGAUUGUGCUGUUUUCAUCGACCCUGGCAGGCGCGAGAUGCUGCGACACGGCUUCAAAGUGCUCCUAAUCGACGAGUUCUGGACACACAAGUUCUGCAUGGCAUGCCAUUUCGAGUUAGAGAAACAUUAUUGGAUGCCUGAUCCGCACAAAAUCGGCAAGUCCAACUGCAGGCCCAAUCCCAAGCGCACGGACGGCGGCACUGAAACUGAUGCACCGCAGCCUGUUGGUUCCCUGUCAGCCAACAUCAUCGAGACUUACAGAGCCAAGUAUCGAUGGCCAAAGGACAAGGAUACAGCAUAGGAUCCGGCAGCAAGAUAAAAACAACGCGUCGGGCAGACAGCAGUGGUAGCAGCAACUUUCAGUCUCGGAUGUGGGCCAAUUGAGCUUGCCAGCAAAAUCAUUAAGAAAGAUCCUUUUGCCACAGCCUGCUGCGGUGCACCAAGGUAUGCCUGCAUACCUGGUAUGCCGAUGGUAUGUCAAUUGACCGCAACAAUAACAAGGAAAAGCCGAGCAGCUUCACGGCCAAGCAGUGCGUCGACGAAUUGGAAGGCGUUGCUGUGGCAUAGUACUCGUCAGCAUUAUCCAAGUCCAGCCAAGAUCCUAUUCAACAACAAAAAAGGAUACGCGCAGAGUCAAAAGAACCAAGCUCAUAGUCAAGACCCCAGUGACAGCUAUUUGUUUCUGUAAUACAGCCUGAACAAAAUUAUCCAUUCAAGCUCAAGCUC